AACCCUAAGCCAGUGCACAUUUAUAGAACGCUUCCAUGUGAUCCUGGGGGAAGCCAGCGGCGUGCGGGCAGAGGGCAGUGCUGAAGAGCUGUCGUGUCAGGAACAGAGAGCCUUCCCCCUGCCUGCGCCCCGUGCUCAGAGGACACCGGUCUCCUCUGAUAAGAUCCCGAGGGUCGCUGCGCACCGUGACUCGCCAUGGGCAACGAGAACAGCGCCCCGGAUAACCAGAGGACCUCGUCCGCUCAGAGCCCGGGACCCCUACGACCACCUGGGAAUCGUCAGACUAUAGCAGGGAAGCCGGAGGAGAAGGCCAGGAGCACUGACCGUGGAGACUUGCCCAGCAUCGCGCACGGAGACUCCUGCUCCGCUCCUGAGGGUGCUGCCAGCUCAGAUCCGGGCAUCGCGUCCCCAGAGGUGACUGAACCGAGGAAGCACCCACAGAAAGCCAGCGGCCCGGAAGACUCUCCACUGCCCAGCCCACCAGCGCCCUGGGAGCAGGACAGCCCCUCGGGCUCCAUGCCCUUUGCCGAGGGCCCCGCUGACGAAGCAGGCUCCGCAAGCCCUCUAGCUGCACCUGAAGGCUGGCCCCUCAUCAGGCCCCUCGGUCGGCACCCCAGGAGGAAAUCUUGCCCAAGUGUCCAGCGGUACACCCUGGCAGCGCCUGCCCCCCAGGGGGACAGCCCUACUGAGCACAGUGCAGCUGCCAUUGUCCCCAGGGCUGGAAGACAGAACGACCCAGAGGAAGAGGGGAACAUGCCCUUUGCCGAGGGUCUCCCCGAAACUUGCCUAGCAAGCCCUCCAGCUGCCCCCGAAGGCUGGCCCCUCAUCCGGCCCUUCACUCAGCACUCCAGGAGGAAAUCUUGUCCAAAUGUCUGGGGGUACACCCUGGCAGCGCCUGCCCCUCACAGGGACAGCCUCACUCGGCACAGUGCAGCUGCCAUUGUCCCCAGGGCCGGAAUAAGGAACAAACUGGAGGAAGAGGGGCACAUGCCGUUUGCUGAGAGCACCCCCGAAGUUUGCUCAGGAAGCCCACCAGCUGCCCCUGAAGGCUGGCCCCUCAUCCGGCCCCUCGGUCGGCACCCCAGGAAGAAGCCUUCCCCAAAUGUCCAGGGGAACACCCUGGCAGCGCCUGCCCCUCAGGGGGACAGCCCUACUGAGCACAGUGCAGCUGCCUUUGUCCCCAGGGCUGGAAGACAGAACGACCUAAAAGGAGAGGGGCGGAAAUCAGCUUCCAUUGAUCAGUCGCCAGGAAUUUCCCCAGCACCUUCCAGAGAGCCCGUGGUGGGGCAGCCAGCUGGAGAGGCGGGCCAGCCUGGUGGCUUUGACUCCCAAAGGAAAGAGGCUGCAGGUGGCCUCCCUCCACCGGUGUCGGGAGUGCAGGCGGCCCCCACAAACCCUUCUGCAGCCCCAUCAGACGAGAAGAGCUCAGCUGCCCUGGAGGAGGGCCCCCCAACGCCUGAGACCCCGGCCCCAGAAGUGCCACCCCCCAGAGCCUCAGACAGAGGAAGUUGCCAAACAGAGAUGCCGCCGCAGGAUUCAGUCGCUGACUCAGUUUCCCUCGGGGCCCGCUGUCCCACGAGGAGCCAUUCAGGGCCUGCUCCAGAAGCCGAGGCCGCUGCUUCCCCCCGGGAAAGCGGCCGGCAGCAAACGGGGGCACAACUGCCGUGCGCGGAGCCAGCCUGCGACCUGCCAGGUCCUGCCCUGGCUCCGGGGGCCGGGGGGUCUCGGAUGGAGACUCUAGACGCCAGUGACGCUCAGCAUCCCUUGAAGACAGGGAUGCCAGGACCCGAGCCCAGUAAAGCCGCCGGUGGGGCAGCAGGGGACCAGCCUGAGGCGGCUUUGCUUGUGAGUGCUGAGCAGCCGAGUCCAGCUUCGGGCCUCACUUCCCAGCCCGGCGCCCAGGCCUCGGCUGCCGCAGAAGAACCCGGCUGGCUGACCAGGGAGACGGUUCCGGGGCCUGCGGUGCCUGUGCUUACAGAUCCAGCCAAAGAGCCGGCAGAGGCAGGGUUGGCGGGACAGGAGACGCCCGCGUCAGACCUCAGAGGUGAGGGAGGGGGUCCGGAAGGGAGCCCCCCCACCGACGGUCCCGCCCAUUUGCCCCAGAAGGAGAGCGGGGAGAUCUGCCGCACGGAGCGAAGCCGAGAAGUCCAACAAGGGGUGCCGCCCCCUCCUCCCAGCGCACCAGACGAAAGUGCCAGAAGGUCACCAGGGCCCAAGGAUGAAGCCAAGGCCCCCGACAGCCCAGGUGUGGCUGAGGGGGAAAGCAGACACUCUGGGGCUGCUCCUACAGGACAGGAAGAAGCCCCAGAGCCACGUGGCAGCGCAGGUCCUGCGAACCCGUGGGGAGAGCACCCCCAGGCCCUCGGCUGCAAGCCCGACCCAGAGACGGAGAAAGAGGAGGUGUCAGAGCGAACCAGAGACGUGGAGAGCGAAGUCCUUCCGAGCACGGCCUUAGCACAACCCCGCAGGAAGGAGGGGCCCGGGUCUCCGUCAGAGGGUGCGGCUCCCAGCCCAGUGGCCCGUGGGGCUCUGGGAGAAGCCCGCGUGGUCCAGACACCUGGCUCACUGCACACGCUCCAUGCUCAGGGCCCCAUCACACCCCCCGCCCCGGAUGGAGCUGGCAAACAUGUCGUUCCCGGAGGAGCUGUCCAGGAGGGGCCAGGACUGCAGCCCCAAUGUCCUGACGACGUCCUUCAGGACGUGGGGGCACUGGGAAGAAUGGACUCUCUUCCUGCUUUAGAAUCUGAGAAAUCAGACUUCCUGUCGACUUCUGCUGCAGAGGUCGUCCCCGAAGCCGGGGAGGUGGAGAGCUCGUCAGAAAUGAAGACCAGGGGCCACCCGUCUGCGCAGACGCCCGGCAGCUGUGACGGGGAGGGUUCGCUGACGUCCCCGCGACCCCAUGGGCUGGAGCGAGAUGCAGCUGGACAGGAAGUCCAAGCCGAAGGGCCACAUCCCGCUGAGGGGGAGAGCUUAGGAGUGGACCGUGGGCUUCCAGAGCAAGAUCAGCAGGGAAUCCUGUCCUGCCCAGGACACCAAAUCCAAGUAGCUGCUCCUGAGGGACCUUCAGGCUCUCCUGAGAACCACCGCCAGCCAUCCCAGCCGGGCCCGGAAGGGGCUGUCUUUGACAUGCUCGGGGAGAAGCAGCGACAGUGUGAAAAUGAGGACAAGACUUCUCCAGGUGACCCAGGUUUUAAGGACCCAGGUGCGGACUCCCCCCAAAUCCCUGUACCCCUGGAACCUCGGGAGGAUGUGACCUUGUCCGCGCACGGAGGAGAGGAGCAGGCUUCCAGACCAGAGCUUCAAAGGGAGCUCCCCAAAGUCAGUCUGUCUGAUGCUCUGUGUUCGGCUCCCAGGGACCCGGUUCCGGAGAGCCCUGUGCCAGAGCAGUUGGAGCCGCCGGCCCCAGGGAGCCCCGAGUUGCCUGCCCUUGGGGAGGACGGGCGAGAGGUGGUGUGCAGGGGCAGCGAGCCCUGUGGCAUCGUGCGUCCUGCAGCGGACACUGCACAAGACUCCUCCCUCGCAGGGAGCUUGCGCGGGAACGAAGGUUGCACUGGGCGGGGGCCGAGCAAGUCCCAGCAGGAGCCGGUCGGGGUGCUGAGAGCCAGCAGCCAGCGUGAAGAAGCAUGUCUCAGGGACACAGGUGCCUCUGAAGCAGCUGACGCCUGGCCCCCACUCCAGGGCUUGGGCAAGACGCAGGAGGCAAGUGGGAACACAGCGGGGGCCCUGCCCUGCUGGCCUGACUCGGUAGCUCUCCCGGAUGCAGCUCAGGGCCCGCCGGGCCCAGCGCCUGCCAGCCCCGGCGUCACACCCACUCAGGAUGCCCCGGAGAGCGAGGCGUGUGAUGAAACCCAGGAAGGCGGGCGGCAACCAGGGCUGGCCCCACAGGAGGAAAUGGAGUGUCCUGCCACCUCGGAGGCAGAGGCCCAGAAGCUUCCUGGAAGUUCCCCAUCGGCCAAGGGGCAGCGAGGUGAGGCAGGGGCUGCUGCCGAGACUGGUGGGGACGUUGGCCAAGGAGACCCGAGGAGGCCGCGCGCUCCGGAGGAGCCGGGAGAAGGUACUCUGGGUGGCGGCCUCCUGCAGACGGAGCCGUGUCCCGCCCCAGGGGAGCAAGCUCCCACCCCUGCCCAAGGGGAAGCCGGCCACCCUGGGCAGCCCUCAGCCAGCUGUCAGGACGCCUUGCCGCCAGCAGGAGAGCUGGCUGGGACUUCCAGGAGCAUGGUGGCUAGUCCCGCAGCCCAGGCUGUCCCCGACCCCAAGAAGCCCCUACCAUCGGGGCCACCAGAAGAGGCCGCUCCUGACACUCCUUACCUGCAUAUUGACAGUGCUGCCAGGAGAGGGGCAGAAGAUAGCCCUAGAGGUCUUGGUGAAAGCCCUUGUCCCACACAGGAGCCCCCGUGUGCCUUGGAAAACGCCGCCUCCGGGAAGCCGGCUGCGGGCCCCCUCGCCUCCCCCUCCCUCUCCCUCUCCCACCCAGGAGCUGCAGGUGGAGAUGUCUCUGCAGUGCCGGCCAGCAGUGGAAGCCCCAAAGCCAGGAACUUUGAAGGACCUGCAGACCCUGUGCCCUACAUGGACAGGAUGCUGCCUCUGGCUAGUGGCAAGCAGACAGCAGAGGAGGAGAGAGCGGCCGGAGCGCCUGAUGCAAGCACUCGGCCCCAGGAAAUUCCUGCUCGCCCUGCCAGUGAGGGGGGCGUGGGGAGGAUGGUAGAACCUUCCCAGGACACGAGGAAGGGCGCGUCCGGUGGUGUGGACACAGGCUCCAAGCAGACCGGCAUGACGGCCGGGUUCCCUGACUUCAGGGAGCACAUCACCAAGAUCUUCGAGAAACCCAUGCUCGGAGGCCUGACUGCCGACCGGCCCCAGCGCACGGCAGGAGAAAAGGUGGGAGCUGGCCCGAGUGUGGGGGGCAAGGACCUCAGUGUGCCCUUACGCCCAGAGAAGCUUCCGGGUGGGACUCAAGUAGAAGCCGUAGCCCCUCUCCCUGCCCCUCCUGCUGGACUCUGGGGGGACUCAAAGAACCAGAAGCCGGAGCUGGCGGUUGAGGCUGAGAUUUCCCACGAGGUUCCCCAGGCUCCAGCUCCAGAAGAGCUGCUGGGGCUGGCAGGGCAGAGCCCGGCAGGUGCCGGUGUGGGGAAGGAAAUGACUGGCAGCCCGCUGAUGCCGAAGGAGUGCAAGGAGCUGGAGGGGGCUGGAGAAGCGGGGCCGGGGCUGGGAGGCCAGGCCGGCUCACAGCAGGGGAGCGGCCGGCAGCCGCCAGCUCCGGGCCCUUCUUCGCGAGCUGCUUCUCCAGAGACUCCUACGGGGAAAGCUGCGGACUUGCCGGUGGCUCCGCAGAGCCCCAGAGAAGGGGACUCGGUUCCAGGUGACAGGAUUCCUUCUGGGAAGCAGCACCAGGACACACCCACCAGCAGCAGUCGACCCAGAGAAGGCGGUGCCUGCGGCUUUGCUCACGCCGGAGCUCCAGGUGCCGUGCCAGUGUCCACCUCUGGCCUGGGAGCAUCUGGCCCCCGUGGGGACAUGCCUGUCACGGCCGAGGCCGCCAGCGAGCCCUGGAACCCCGACACACCUGGGGGAGAGAGGAGGCCUGGGGGCGCUGCUGGGACCUCAGAGGAACAAAGUACCCCGGGCAACCAGAGUGUCCCUGAGCCAGCAGCAGUGACAGACACUCCCCCGGAGCCCGGCGUGGUGGCAGGGGCUGCUAGGGAAGCGGAGGGUGACGUCACUUUGAGCACAGCUGAGACCGGGGCACGUGUGUCUGGUGACCUGCCGGAAACAGGUACGACGAGGAUGUUCCCUGGAGUGCCUCCUGCCUCUGUACCGCCAGGGAGCUGUGGGGACCCCGGCUGCUCCCAGGGGGCUCCGGGGAUGGAGGCUGCAGACGCCCUGGGUGCGGAGAGCCCAGCUGGGCACCAGCAGGCUGAGCCUCCGCCUCCUGCUGGGGACGGGAAGGCACGUGUCUCCUCGCCUCCAGGACCUGAAGAAACUCGGGACCCUAAACUGCAGAGCCUGGCUCCAGAAGCACUCCAUGCUGAAAGGUCACCUGUAGCAGAUGAUGCCGCCCGGCCGGCUGCCCGCGAAGACCUCGGAAACCCACUCUUAGCUGCCUCUUCCCACCCUGGUGCUGUCAUCGGCCAGGUGUCCACGGACCUGACCGCCCAGAGCACCUCCCCAGCCGCUGCCCGCGUGGAUCCCUGUCCCCCGGCCUCACAACACGCGUCUUUGCCUUCCGCCUCGGCGAGUGAUGGAGUAGAAGCCCCUGCUGCCUCCUGCCAGGGUCUGGCCAAGGACUUGACCAGGAGUUCUGACUCUGAAGAAGCAUUUGAGACCCCAGAGUCGACGACCCCUGUCAAAGCUCCCCCGGCCCCACCCCCACCACCCCCAGAAGUCAUUCCAGAGCCGGAGGUCAGCGUGCCACUCGCCCCGGAAGAACCAGGAUGCGGCGCUGAGCCGGCCUCCAUCCCCGAUGGCCCGCGGAGCACCUCGGUGGAAGGCAGCCCUUUCCGCCCUCCGGCCCAGUCCUUCUCUGCCAUCUUCGACGAAGACAAGCCGAUAGCCAGCAGCGGGACCUACAACCUGGACUUCGACAGCAUCGAGCUGGUCGACGACUUCCAGACCUCGGAGCCUCGCUCCGCGGACGCCAGGAGUCUGGAAUGCAAAGUGAGCACGCGGAGGAAGUCCACGGACUCUGCCCCCACCUCUAAGUCCACGCUGUCCCGCUCCCUCAGCCUGCAGGCCAGUGACUUUGAUGGUGCUUCUUGCUCGGGCAACCCUGAGGCCGUGGCCCCGGCCCCCGAUGUGUGCGGCGCGGGUGCGAGCGGCGAUUCCAGCACCCUUAAGCGAACUAAGAAACCAAGGCCGCCUUCCUUAAAAAAGAAACAGGUCGCGAAGAAACCCUCGGAAACCCCCCCAGUGAGAGAGGCCCAGCAAGAGCCAGCUGAGGAAGGUCCUGUCCCCGGUGAGGAGAGUCGAGCGUCCGAGACAAAAGCGGAGUCGGCGCAGCUGGAAGGUUCUAGACCAGCCUUCGCCCAGGAGGCACCACCGCUGGAACCGGCCACUGUGCCCAAGGCCGCCUGCCCCCUGGACUCCGAGGGUGCAGAGGGGGCUGCCCCCCCAGCUUCUGGAGGUGGCAGAGUGCAGAACUCACCCCCCGUCGGGAGGAAGGCUUUGCCUCCCGCCACAGCCCUGGAGGCGGUGGAGGUGGCCCCGUCAGAGAACGGGGGGCCAGAGGACUCCCCGGCCAAAGGGCUGUCGGUGAGGCUGGAGUUUGACUAUUCUGAGGACAAGGGUAGCUGGGAUAGCCAGCAGGAGAACCCCCCUCCUACCAAAAAGACAGGCAAAAAGCCAGUUGCCAAAAUGCCCCUAAGGAGGCCAAAGAUGAAAAAAGCGCCCGAGAAACUCGACAACACUCCUGCCUCGCCUGCCAGGUCCCCCGCCGAACCCAGUGACACCCCUAUCGCCAAAGGCACCUACACCUUUGACAUCGACAAGUGGGAUGACCCCAACUUUAACCCUUUUUCCUCCACCUCAAAAAUGCAGGAGUCUCCCAAACUGCCCCAACAACAAUCGUACAGCUUUGACCCGGACGCCUGCGAGGAGUCCAUGGACCCCUUUAAGACAUCCUCCAAGACCCCUAGCUCACCCUCUAAGUCCCCAGCCUCCUUCGAGAUCCCGGCCAGUUCCGUGGAGGCCAACGGAGCAGACGGGGACGGGCCGAACAAGCCCGCCAAGAAGAAGAAGACGCCACUGAAGACGGUGGUUGAAGAUGUGAUGUCUGUGUGCUCUCUGUUUGACACAUUUAGGGUGAAAAAGUCGCCAAAACGGUCUCCUCUCUCUGAUCCACCUUCUCAGGACCCCACUCCAGCGGCGACGCCAGAAACGCCGCCGGUGAUCUCCGCCGUGGUCCACGCGACCGACGAGGAGAAGCUGGCGGUCACCAACCAGAAGUGGACGUGCAUGACGGUGGACCUGGAGGCCGACAAACAGGACUACCCGCAGCCCUCGGACCUGUCCACCUUUGUGAACGAGACCAAGUUCAGUUCGCCCACGGAGGGUAAGCGCCCGGGCGGCCAGCCGGACCCCCACCCCGCCUCAGACACUGCCGCCCCUAGGGAGCCAAAGGCCGGGAGAGACACUCCUCAGCCAGAGCUGGACUACAGGAACUCCUAUGAAAUUGAAUACAUGGAGAAAAUUGGCUCCUCCUUACCUCAGGACGAUGACGCCCCCAAGAAACCGGCCUUGUACCUUAUGUUCGACACGUCUCAGGAGAGCCCGGUCAAGUCUCCCCCCGUCCAGAUGUCGGAGUCCCCGACGCCAUGUUCAGGGUCAAGUUUUGAGGAGACUGAAGCCCUUGUGAACGCUGGGGCAAAGAUCCCCCAUCCCGUCGCACGAGGGCUGGCCCCCAACCAAGAGCCACACUUGCAGGGGCCAGAGAAACCCUCCCAGAAGGAGCUGGAGGCCAUGGCCCUGGGCACCGCUUCAGACACCAUCGAAAUUACAGCUCCGGAGGGUGCCUUUGCCUCUGCUGACGCCCUCCUCAGCAGGCUGGCGCACCCGGCCUCCCUCUGUGGUGCGCUGGACUAUCUGGAACCUGACUUAGCAGAAAAGAACCCCCCACUCUUUGCUCAGAAACUCCAGGAGGAGCUAGAGUUUGCCAUCAUGCGGAUAGAAGCGCUGAAGCUGGCCAGGCAGAUCGCCCUGGCCUCCCGCGGCCGCCCCGACGCCAAGAGAGAAGCUGCUCACCCGCCAGACGUCCCCAUCUCCAAAACAGCCUUGUACUCCCGCAUCGGGACCGCCGAGGUGGAGAAGCCUGCGGGCCUCCUGUUCCAGCCGCCCGACCUGGACGCCGCCCUGCAGGUCGCCAGAGCAGAGAUCCUAACCAAGGAGAGAGAGGUGUCCGAGUGGAAGGAGAAAUACGAAGAAAGCCGGCGGGAAGUGAUGGAGAUGAGGAAAAUAGUGGCCGAGUACGAGAAGACCAUCGCUCAGAUGAUAGAGGAUGAACAGAGGGAGAAGUCGGUCUCCCACCAAACGGUCCAGCAGCUGGUUCUGGAGAAGGAGCAGGCCCUGGCUGACCUGAACUCCGUGGAGAAAUCGCUGGCGGACCUCUUCAGGAGGUACGAGAAGAUGAAAGAGGUCCUGGAGGGCUUCCGCAAGAACGAAGAGGUGCUGAAGAAGUGUGCGCAGGAGUACCUGUCCCGGGUGAAGAAGGAGGAGCAGAGGUACCAGGCCCUGAAGGUGCACGCAGAGGAGAAGCUGGACAGGGCGAACGCCGAGAUCGCCCAGGUCCGGGGCAAGGCCCAGCAGGAGCAGGCUGCCUACCAGGCCAGCCUGCGGAAGGAGCAGCUGCGCGUGGACGCCCUGGAGAGGACGCUGGAGCAGAAGAAUAAAGAGAUAGAAGAACUCACCAAGAUUUGCGAUGAACUGAUUGCCAAAAUGGGGAAAAGCUAACUGGGAACCAAACGUUUGGACUUGACCGUUGCGUGCAAUAUGACCGUCGGCACACUGCUGUCCCGCCAGGCCCGGGGACAGGCCCUGCUCUCAGUCUUUCGUAUGCACUGCUGUGUCCCCUCUCCAAAUAACGGCGGCUGGAUGGUGUGCAGUGCUAAGGAGACUGUCAGAACUUCUUGCUAUUGGUUUGCAUUUUUCCUAGUAUAAAUUCAUAGCAAGUUGACCUCAGAGUUCCUGUAUCAGGGAGACUGUCUGAUUCUCUAAUAAAACACACAUCGCUGACCUUGGCCUUGCCCUCUGUCCGUGAGUUCCCGGGGUGAGCGGCUUCUGGACUGCAUAUGAACACAUACAGCUUGCACAGGGACUCUUGCCUUAAGGAGUGUAAUAACUUGAUCUGCAUUUGCUGAUUUGUUAAAAAACAAAAAAAGAAAAAGAAAAAAAAAGAAGAAAGAAAAUGCAUGUCUCAAAUGAAAUUCUCUAUUGUAAAUAAAUUUUUUUCUUUGGAUCUUGGCAA